AUGGUCUACAACGCUGCAGCGGCGGCGCUCCUGGCGUCCGCCCUGGUCGCCUCGGUGAGCGCGGGCAGCAUCCACGCCGCCCACCGGAACCUGCACAACAAGAGGGCCGCCGAGUACAAGGCUCCCGAGUACAAGGGCCCGCAGUCCGCCAAUGCCUCAUCGUGCGGCUGCACCACCUACACCACCACCUGGUACGGUACUCCCGGCCUCGUGCCCGAGUCUUCGACUUCCUCGUCGGCGCCCGUGACAACUUCGACCCCGGCCCCCGUCAAGCCCACCACAUCGGCUGCUCCUUCGUCCAGCAGCUCUCCAGCUCCCGUGUACUCCGCGCCGAAGCCAUCGUCCAGCUCUCCCGCUCCGGUCUACAGCGCACCCAAGCCAUCCACCAGCUCUUCCGCUCCGGCUUACAGUGCACCGCAGUCCUCGUCCAGCUCUCCCGCUCCGGCCUACAGCGCCCCAGCCUCCAGCUCUUCGCCGGCUCCCAAGCCAUCCACCAGCUCUGCAGCUCCCUCUUACAGCGCCCCAGCUUCCAGCUCCUCGGCGGCUCCCAAGCCGUCCACCAGCUCCGCAGCUCCCUCUUCCAGCGCUCCAGCUUCCAGCUCUUCGCCGGCUCCCACGCCAUCCACCAGCUCCGCAGCUCCCUCUUCCAGCGCUCCAGCUUCCAGCUCUUCGUCAGCUUCCAGCACCUCGGCGGCUCCCAAGCCAUCUAGCAGCUCCAGCAAUGGUGGCUGCGCUGAGAUCGCUCCUAACGGCAACAAGUGGGCUAUGACCUACACUCCCUACACCUCUGGCGGCCAGUGCAAGUCCGCCGACGACGUCUCCAAGGACAUUCUUCAGAUCAAGGCCAAAGGUUUCACCACCGUUCGUCUCUACGCCACCGACUGCUCCGGUCCUCAGAACAUUGGCUCGGCUUGCAAGGAACACGGCCUCAACAUGAUCCUCGGUGUCUACAUCGACUCUGCCGGUAUCAGCAAGGCCCGCGAGCAGGUUUCCACCCUCGUCCAGUGGGGCAAGAGCAACGGCUGGGGCAAGGUCGAGAUGGUUGUUGUCGGAAACGAGGCUGUCUUCAACGGAUACUGCACUGCUGCCGAGCUCGCCGCUUUCAUCGGCGAGGUCAAGAGCUCUUUCAAGGCCGCUGGCUACACUGGUCCAUGCACCACCACCGAGCCCCUGAACAUCCUCCAGGAGAACACCGAAGUCCUCUGCAACGCCAUGGACGUCGUCGGAUGCAACAUCCACCCCUUCUUCAACACGGCCAUCGAUGCCUCGGGUGCCGGUGACUUCGUUUCUUCCCAGCUCAAGAUCGUCGAGGCUCUCUGCAGCGGAAAGGAGGCCUACAACUUGGAGACCGGAUGGCCAUCGGCCGGUGACGCCAACGGUGCCGCUGUUCCAGGUACCUCGCAGCAGAAGACGGCCGUCGAUGCAAUCGUGGCCAGCGCUGGUGCCAAGUCUGCCAUCUUCUCGUACGAGAACGACAGCUGGAAGGCUCCGGGUAACCUCGGUGUUGAGCAGUACUGGGGAUGCGCCGACCUGUUCCAGGACGUCCUCAACGCGGUCUCGGACGUUGUUGACGACGCCACCAAGGCGGUCACCAACAUUGUCUCGGACGUCCUCUAA